AUGAAAACCACCCCCGACUUGGUCGGGGGUCGGUACAACCCAGGUAUCCCUAACCAUACCAACGAGGAUAGACAGAGACGGUUCAGUCUGUCUGUUGAUCUCAAGACCGGCCCUGAUGCGCUUUUGGCAGAGGUGCAAAAUCGGAGCAACCAAGACUACAAGGCCAUCACGUUUCCUCCUCACAAGUUGGAUAAGACGUACCAGCUGCGUAUAUCUUUUGAUACCAUCAACAUUCAAUACCAUGAGAAUAACGAUCCGUUGCUGGAUCUUUCGGAUGACGAUAUUUAUGGGAUGCGAAUGCGCCGUGCGUCUGAAGACUAUGAUUUCAACACUCGAGGGCGACUCAUGGAUUCUGAACUCAAACGUCCCGGCGCUCGUUCUCCAGUUGCAUCUCCUAGUGGCUCUCCUACAAGGAUGAUGUCACCACAUCGAAACAUGGCCUCACUUUUCAGGGGGAUGGUACAGUACCCUACAACUCCAAUUAUAACUCACAGAGGAACUAGCUUCACUCGUGUGCACAGAUUAUUUGAAGAUCUUUACUUGGGAAACCUUGGCAAGCAAGGCAUCGUACCAAUUUUACCUCGUCGUGUGAUUCUCAUCUACAUCUCGGGUCGUCAGCAUACUUGGGUUGCUCUCGACUGGAUACUUCGCAAUUUCAUUGAGCACGGUGACACCGUCAUCAUCGCCUCUGCAAUUAAUCACAAGUUAGCUCCGCCUGCUCAGGGUCACACGAACUUUCCUUCACCAAAGACAUAUACCCCAAUGACAGAGAAAGUGAGACAGAGACAACGGAGCCGCCCCGAGUAUAUCAAGUCUGUUGCGCUUAGUGUUAUGAACUAUGCACUCAACGUUAUUAACAAGGAAAUCAUCGCUAAGGUUUCCGUUGAAAUUAUCGACAGUCACACUAAAGAUGCAUUAAAGGAUAUGUAUAAGUUAUACGAGCCCAACCUUGUUUGCGUGGGCUCCAAGGUGAACACCAAAAAUAGUGCUCCGCUCAAGUCAUGGCAGUCGUCACGCUUGAGUGAUAGAUUGGUGAAAAACUUCCCCAUACCCGUGAUUGUUGUGCCAGCUCUGAACAUGGGUGAGUUUGAGAAGAACUUGCUGGAGCAAAUGAACAGGGAAGCAGAGGGAGACUUUUCCAAGGAAGUCUCUUCAGAGGACCCUCCUAUAGAUCCUAAAAUAAAGAAGAAGCCCGCAAAAGCAGUUAAAGAGCCAGUGAAGAACGAAGAAAUUGAAAAUGAUGCGGAUGACGAUGAUGAUGGCGACGAGGACGACAUAGAUUCACUUCUAUCGGAUAUUGAAUCUGUCGAAAGCUACAGCGCAAAUUCCGUGUCAUCCUCAGCAUCAUACUCAAGUUUUAAGGAAAUUUGUGAUAUCUACAAAGAUUACCGCUUACAUCUCAGUGAAAAGCUUUCUGAUUUGAAGUCAAAGGAUAUUGAUGCCGACUACUUCACAAAUUUUGCUAAGGUGAUAUCUGACGAUUCACUUCAAUUUUGUGAAGAUCUAAGAGGAAUUGAUCCAGACUUCAAGGGCAAGGGAGCGAAGUUGGCCAGCGCCAUCACAGGAUCUAACUCGUUUGGUAAAGUUCCUUAUAAAACGAAAUCAUUAUUGGAGCCCGAGAUUUCAAGCAAUGGUCCAUCCACAGGAAAGUCCUACAGCGAAUUGAAGAAGACGCUUACUAGAAAUGCUCAAAAUAAUGAAGCAAUGAAAAAUGGACUGGCAAGUGCCGGUACGUCUGUGUCCCCCACUCCACAGGUCCAGUUCGAACACGGUCCCAAGAUCCCAAGCAUCACCAUUGAUGAUAGCUCGAAGCCAAGCAAAUCACCUACUCCUACGCAAGCUCCAAAACAUACAGCACUUAAGUUUCACAAUUUGGAAACGCCUAGCAGUUAUAAAGAAAGAAAUGGGUUAAAGAAAUUUUUCUCCAAUGACGAGCGCUCGUCGCAUGUGGAUCGAAUCGAGCCUACAAAGUCAAAUCCCGAGUUACGCUCGAGCAGCGAUGACAAGAAAAAAAAGAAAAAGAAGAAGUUUUGGAUCUUUUGA